UCUAACUAGGCAAACAGGGAGAAGAAAAAGAAUAGGUGUAGCAUUUUUGAAAGGGGUGAUAUUGGUUAGAAUUGAAACACAAUGAAUUUUGAUUUGGGCUCCAAAAACAUUUCAGAAAUCCUCUCAGAAGUUUCAGGCAUGGAUGAUUUCAUCAAGAAAUCAUCGAUGCUGGAUUUUCAUGUCCAUGCAUUGGAAGAAGAACUGCACAAGAUUGAAGCUUUCAAACGUGAACUUCCUCACUGCAUGCACCUGCUCAAACAUGUGAUUGAAAGGUUGAAGGCAGAGAGCGGGAGAGAUGGAAGGGUAAAAGCGUCAAAUGAAUUCACCGAGAAGAAAGAUUGGAGGACUUCUGUUCAGAUCUGUACACCGAUGUCAAGAGAUCAAGCCCCUGUUUUUCCCCUGAAAUCAAGAUUCGCGGAAGGGCUGGGAAAUGGAAAUCAGUUUGGUGGUAAACUGAGGAACGAAGGAGGGGCAUUUUCGCCUUUCAAGAGAGCAAUGAAUGAAAAGAGUGAGGCUGAUUUGAGCGACGAUGGAACUCAUCACAAGAAACAGAGGCGUUGUUGGUCUCCGGAGUUGCACAAGAUUUUUGUUGAUGCCCUCCAUCAGCUUGGUGGUGCGCAGACAGCGGCUACACCCAAGCAGAUUAGGGAGCGUAUGAAGGUUGAAGGUCUCACUAAUGAUGAAGUUAAAAGUCAUUUACAGAAAUACAGAAUCUAUAUGAAGAGAGUUGAUUCAGCGGAGCCGAUAGCAGUUUCAGGGUUCCCAGUGGAUGGUGGAAAGAAGGUGGUUAAAGGCGGUUCUGCAGCCACCAGCGGUCAGAGUAUCGGAAAUGAAGACGAAGAUGAAGACAAAGACGACGACUAGUCGGUGAGAGCAACAAGGACCUUGCUUGCCUUACAAAAACAUAUCAUAUACUCCUCCUACUUCUUAAUUAAUUUCACUUUCAUUCUACACUUAUUUUGCCAGAGAAUUUAAAACCGCUUGUCAUAUUGCUUCAUAUAAAGCUGUUUUGAGAUAUUUAGUAUAGCAUAUUUUUCUGAGGAAUUCAUUUAGGAUGCCAAUUUAAAUUUUAUUUUUCAAAUGCAUGCACUAAUUUUAUUCUCC